ACACUUUAUUUUUAAGUGGGACUGGGUUUUGUCUGGUUUGCCUCCUCCUCUACAAAGCAGAAGCAAAACCAAUCCAAACCGAGUCUCACAAAGGUAGCGCUUCCAGUUUUGCUUCAUAUUCUCGAUUCAGAAAUGAAUCUUUUAAGAGCAAGCCCAGGAGACUUUCCAAGAAUUUCUGGUUCUCCUAGUUUGUUCCCUGAAAGCCAAAGAGAUAUCUCUUUGUCAGGACUGGAUGUCCCAAUUCCGGGAUGGCCGCGUGUAUUCUCCUGUCUCCGGGAUCCUGCGGGGGGUGGUGAACGUUCCUUUCUCCUUCCUUUAGGAUCUGGGAGGGUGGAGCGAACAAUGGAGCCAGCGGCCGGCGAGGUUAUCCCGAGGCUUUCGGCCAGGGUACGCGCAGAUUUGAUCUCUUUGAGCGGAGACUGGGGCAAAUGCAAGAGCCUGGGAAAAAGAGGGUUGUGAGUGCCUCCAGGGAUCAGGGUCCAGGCGCUGGGGGACAGGGGCGGAAGCCACAGCCGUAGAGCUCCAGAGCUUCACUUGCCGAUGCAAAGGCAGUGUCUCGUAGGCAGCUCAGAUUCGGCAGCCCUAGAGCAGCAAGAGAAACCUGGGCAGCAGGGGAGCCCGUAGGCUGGGGAUUCUGCGGCGACCGCCAGGUGGCGCGAGAAAUCCCGUGAACAAUGGCCGAGUUCUCCCACCACCCUGACCCUCGGCCGCCCCAGCCAUCCGGAAUCGACCAUUUGAGUCCGAAGAAAAGGGGGGCGAGGGGAGCUUGAGUGUGACGCGCGCAGCCGGGGGAGAGGGGGCCGCGCGUACGCCCAGGCCCGCCGCGUUCUACGGGAUUCGUUGCGCCGGCAUGGGGCCAGACUCGCGCGCUGAUGGAUGGGGGAGGGGGGUAGGCGGUUGGGCCGGGAGGGGGCGCGCGGUUGGGAGGGUGGCGCGGGCCCAGGCGGGAGAGAAGGGGGGGAGGAAGAGAGGGAGGAAAGGAGGGAGGGAGGGAGUAAGAAGGGAAGGAGGAGGAAGGGGGGGAAGGGAAAGCGGGAGUGGUUGAAGCCGGCGGCGGCGGCGGCCGAGCUGGGUCAGUUCUCUUUAGUGUUUGCCAAUGUUGGAGGUGUUUCCAAACUAUCUCCGGGAAGAAGUGAUAAACAGCGGCAAGUAAAAAUGCAGACUUCAGUAAACUUCACUGAAUCUACUCUCUCUCCUACGGUGCUAUCUCCAUCAUUAACAUCUUCAAGUUCUCUGGGUCUGCAAGGCACCAUGAAUGGUUCAAUUCCAGAGUUAACUGUCAAUUGUAAUAGUCAUAUAAUUGGUCUGUUGGAUUCUCCUCCUUCUAAGAACUUACCUGCUCCUCUCCAAGAUAACAUGGCAAACCCCAAAGAGAAAACUCCAAUGUGUUUGGUAAAUGAAUUAGCCCGUUUCAAUAGAGUGCAACCCCAGUAUAAGCUUCUGAAUGAAAGAGGGCCUGCUCAUGCCAAGAUGUUCUCUGUACAGCUGACUCUUGGAGAACAGACCUGGCAGUCUGAAGGGAGCAGUAUAAAGAAAGCCCAGCAUGCUGCUGCCAACAAAGCCUUGAGGGAAACUACCCUUCCCAAACCAACUCCUCGACCCCCCAAAAACAAUAUUAAUAGUAAUCCAGGCAGUAUAACUCCAACAGUGGAACUAAAUGGUCUUGCUAUGAAAAGGGGAGAGCCUGCCAUCUACAGGCCUUUAGAUCCAAAGCCAUUUCCAAAUUACAGAGCAAAUUACAACUUUCGGGGCAUGUACAAUCAGAGGUAUCACUGUCCAGUACCUAAGGUUUUUUAUGUCCAACUAACUGUUGGAAACAAUGAGUUCUUUGGGGAAGGAAAGACUCGUCAAGCUGCUAGACACAAUGCUGCAACAAAGGCUCUCCAAGCUCUCCAGAAUGAACCCAUCCCAGAGAAAUUACCUCAGGAUGGAGAAUCAGGAAAAGAAAUAGAAGAAGAAAAAGAUGCAAACAAAUCUGAGAUCAGCUUAGUUUUUGAAAUUGGAUUGAAACGUAACAUGCCUGUCACUUUUGAGGUCAUUAAGGAAAGUGGACCUCCACAUAUGAAGAGUUUUGUUACUCGAGUAUCAGUAGGAGAGUUCUCUGCAGAAGGAGAAGGAAAUAGCAAAAAACUCUCAAAAAAACGUGCUGCAAGUUCUGUGUUACAGGAACUAAGAAAGCUUCCACCUCUUCCUGUAAUUGAAAAGCCAAAAUUGUAUUUUAGAAAACGUCCUAAAACAAUAUUAAAGGCUGAUCCAGAAUAUGGUCAGGGGAUGAACCCUGUUAGCUGUCUGGCUCAGAUUCAGCAGUCCAGAAAGGAAAAGGAACCAGACUAUGCCCUUCUUUCAGACAGAGGAAAGUCUCGCCGGCGAGAAUUUUUGAUGCAGGUUAAGGUUGGUACUGCGGUUGCUACUGGAAUAGGCCUUAGUAAGAAGAUAGCUAAAAGAAAUGCAGCAGAGGCAAUGUUGUUACAUCUUGGAUAUAAAACCUCUACUCCUGUUCAAGAACAGCUUGAAAAGACAGUGGAAAACAAGGGAUGGAAUAGUCAAAAGAUUGGAUUUCCUGAAACGACAAGUAAUACUCCAAAGGGAAUUCUUCAUUUGUCUCCUGAUAUUUAUCAAGAAAUGGAAGCAAGCCGCAACAAAGUAGUUUCUGACUUUGCAGUAAACUAUUUGUCUUCCAAUGAAAUGAGCCAGCCUUCAAGCUCUUUCUUCAGCCUAUCUCCACCAUCAAAUAGUACUACUACAUUAGCCAGGGAAUUCCUUAUGAAUGGGACAUCUCCAUCAGCUGAAGCCAUAGGUCUGAAAGGAACUUCUCCUACCUGCCCUAUAAUGCAGCCUUCAAGACAACUGGAAUAUUUAGCAAGGAUUCAAGGUUUUCAGGCUGCUUUAAAUGCCUUGAAACAGUUUUCAGAGCAAGGUCUUGAUCCUCUAGAAGGGGCAAUGAAAACUGAAAAUGGAUCCUUUGAACAACAAGCCAAGCAUCUGGGAGAGAAAGCAGACAAUAAACAGACUAACUCAGGCACCAUGGCUCAUGACUGCAAGGAUUCAAAGGCUGUCGUCUAGAGCUUCCCAGCACCCACGGCUGCCACUGCAUCCUUAUAAACCUGUCAACACGCAAUAGGGUGUAUGUGUUCAAGGAAAUGAAUGACUAAUACCAUUAUUUGAAUCCUAUGUGAAGACAACACUAUUCUAACACAAGAGAUAAUAUACAUGGUACUGUUUAUUCAACUGGGGAAAAAUAAAACUUUGAGCAUUUUCCUUGGAACUUGAUAUCAAAUCAUAACUCAUUUGCCCAGAGGCAGCCGAAAUCGGAUCGUGCUACUGGAGCUUAAAAUAACAAUUAGUGGAAAAGUGUUAGAAAAAAAAAAGAGAUCAAGUUUAAAAUCUAUGAAUAGUGAAGAAAAGGAUGGAUUUGGUUCACUUAGUCUGAUUUUUUUUUCAUAGUAUAAUUUUAAGUUCAGUUCUUUUUUAAAAAACACACUGUUUGAAUAUUUUAAAAUUAACCAAUGGCAGUGCUGUGAAAACUGUAGUUGUUGUCUUCAUAUAUAGUCAUACAGCUCAUCUUUUUAUGCAAUCAUGCAUUCUUCAUGCAAUAUGAAUAUGUAUGACAUUAAGAUGCACUACUCAGAGUUGUAUGCAAAAAAAGUCUUAAAUCAUGGCAAGUAUUUGCUUCAAACAUGAACUGAUGAAGUUAAUAAAAAUCAGUUAUAAUAUACUCCAGGUAAAAGCAGUUAUGAUAUUUGAGUUCCAUGAUUCCAUUGACAAUUAAUAAGGCAUUUUGCCUCCAAGGGAACGUUUUUCCUCUUGAGUCUGCUCUCUGUUGUGUACAUCUUACACCCAUUUUGUGUGUUGUAUCAAACCAAUGUUUGCAUCAACUGAGUGUUUUUAAUAACUGAAUACUGACCUGGGACUGUAGACAGAGUUUAAAUGAAACCUUUAAUGUUGUAGGAAAGACAGGAAAAAAAUGUUGAGAGAAAUGUAGAGACCAUUUUGGCCCUGUGAGAACCUGGAGCUGCACUCUGAUUCUGUACCCGCAUGUUGGGAUUCCACAUGUGGCCAACCAGUAAAACCAUGUCAGUCCAUAUGCAA